UGAACACGAGUCCGUCUUCCCAACCCCUGCCAGCGAAAAAGGAGGAAACAAAGAGCCGAUACCCACUCGCCGCCGCCGCCGCCCGCGCCACCGCUACCGCCGCGGAAUUAUCCGGCGCGCGCCGUCGGAGCAAUGGACAAAUAUGUGCGCGUUUACAGUGGUGGGGAGCUCGUGAAGGGGCCAAACGGGGUGGAGUUUGGUAACCUUCCUGAAGAGGGGAUAUGGUUCGAGACGGCGCCCACAUUCAGUGAUCUGAUUGAUGCCGUGCACAAGAAGCUUGGUUGGCAAUCAGAGACACAAAGCAUCCGUGCGCAGGGAAGGAUGAAUGUUGGUGGGGGUGCUCAUCGGCAUUUCAUCAUGGUUCCUAUUAACGAUGACAUGUCCUGGAGUAGCUAUGUCAAGGCAGUUUUCAACGGGACUGAGUGGAAUUGUCUGGAGAUUUUUGUUCAAGCAGAAACACGUUCCUCUGAAGAGGCCAAUUCCUCGGAGCCAGCACUAAUGGCUUUUGAACCAGCGGGUGUACAAAAUGCCCGACCUCAAUAUCCAGAACAAGGUUCUUGUCCUAUUCCUUCGGUGGUGACCAUCAGUCCAAAUCAUCAUUCUCGACUACAAAAGCCUAGAAAGAGCACCAGAACCUGUGCAAAUAAUGGUGGAUGGGUUGUAGGCUCAGAGGUUCAGUCUGGUCAAGGUCAGAAUGGAGCUUCAGAGACAGUUGAUACAACUUCCUAUUCUUUAAUUGGGAUGUAUGACGCUGACCAUCGUGCUCGAGCUCUAGCAUCAGGGCAGAAUCUAACUGAGCUCAACCCACGUACCCGCGAGCCUCUUCGGUUUGACAAGCGGUAUGAACGUUACCUUAGGCCAGCUGGACUCAUGGGGCUGGUGAACAUCUGUAAGGCUGGAUUACCCUCCAUCGAUCGUGCACUUGUCUCUGCACUUGUUGAUAGGUGGAGACCCGAGACCCACACCUUUCAUAUGCCCUGUGGUGAGGUCACAAUCACACUACAGGAUGUUGCAAUGAUCCUUGGACUUCCUGUUGCUGGUCGUGCUGUUGCGGUAAACCCAACUGAGUCCCAGAAUGAAUUGGUUGAGCGAUACCUUGGGAGGACACCACCUUCGUUGGAUAGGCCCCGUCCUGGGUUGAGGGUUUCAUGGGUCAGGGCUGAGUUUAAUAAAUGUCCAGAAGAUGCUGAUGAGGAGACUGUCAAACAAUAUGCCAGAGCAUACAUCCUUAGCCUGAUUAGUGGCGUAUUGUUUCCUGAUGCCUCUGGUGAUCUGUACACCUUCUAUCCGUUUCCACUAAUUGCUGAUCUUGAGAAUAUUGGUUCAUACAGUUGGGGUUCUGCUACUCUGGCAUACCUCUACAGGUCAAUGUGUGCUGCAUGCAGGCGGCAGUCUGAUCAAAGUAAUCUGACUGGCUGUCUUCUGCUCCUUCAACUUUGGUCAUGGGAGCGUUUUCCAAUUGGCAGGCCUGACAUGGUAAAGCUGAAAUACCCAAACGUUGAGGAGCUAGAGGAUGAGCGGGAUAGACCCACGGUUGGUCUCCGAUGGGUUGUGGGCAUGUGUACUCGUCGAGCAGCUCCAGCGCGUUGCUAUGAGCACUUCACAAAUGAAUUCGACUUGUUAACCGAUGACCAGAUUGUGUGGUGUCCAUACAGGGAGGAAAGGGUGAAGGAACUGCAGCUUGCCCCUAUAUGUACCCAGGAUUCUCAUUUAUGGUUAACCCAAGCACCUCUAAUUUAUUUCUUUAUGGUGGAGGUUUAUACACCUGAGAGGGUGAUGCGCCAAUUUGGUCUCCAUCAGGUCUGCCCACCACCAUUACAGGAUACUGGUGUGGAACUCCAUUGGUGUCGACGAGGAAGAGUUCACAAUGAUUGGGCACAGAAGCACAAGUCUUUUGUGGAUAUGUGGGAAGCAAAGGAGCAACAUGUUAUCAUGGAAGAACGCCCAUACAGUCAUGCUAACUACAUGGAUUAUUUGAGGUGGUACAGACGAUCAACACGUAUCCGCCUCUGCACACCAAGGAGAAUAAGUAACGGGCACAAGGAUGGGACACCUGGGGGAGGUGCAAGUGCUGAUUCUGAAGAUCCUUCUCGUGCUUCUCAGCUUCGUUAUACUCCUAGGGCUCAUUUGAUCCAUUCAGUGACCGACAAACUCACUGUCCUGACGAAGGAUGCAGCUGCUCAAAAAGGAUGCUCGAGAGGCGAAUGUCUUGCUUUUGUUGAGAGGGUCACUAGAGCAUGUGUAGAAGUUAUAGGGGAACUUGGUGGGUCGUCACUUUGCGACAUUGCUGAUGUGAUUCCAUUCUCAUCAAUAACAGCAACAGCUACAGCUGAACCAGAGGUGGUGAACCAGAGGGGUAUGGAGGAAGAAAUAAAUAAUUCCAUGGUGCCUGACCAGGAUACUGAGGCGGCCCCCCAAUUGGAGAAGCAGUCUCAAAGCCCGGAUGGUUACAAACAAGCCAAAAGAACAGCCCCAUCAGGGUUAUCAGGCAAGAGGAAAAGGGGUAGAUCUGGUCCAAGAUGACUACUGCUCGGAACUGACUUUAGGUUUACUACUACUAUAAAUACAUGUUUUCUGUGAGCAAGAGUUGUCGGCAAGAGGGUGUGAAAUUUGUAUCCAAUUGGGAAUCCAAGAGAGAUGUCUAUCGAGUGUGAAGCUACUGAUGGCAGUCAAGCUACCCAAACAUUGUUUGAAGCAAGUGAGAUUAAGGUUGUAAAGUUGGUGCUUGGAACAACCAAAAUCCUUCUCACCACACCAGAACAUGAAGACGAGUCCAGAACACUGAACAUUUGUGUAUGGCAUGAGGGUAGUGCACACCAACAGCAACCUACAGGUGUUGCAGCUGCUGACUCAGUGACUUCUAGUGGAUCGCAAGUGGAGCCUGUGGAUAUGGAAGAGAUGACUAAAGAGGAGUUUGUGGAGAAACUGCGGGGCUGGAUGAUGGUGCUUGCAUCACUUUUCGCAUCCAUGACGUUCCAAGCAGGGCUCAACCCCCCAAGCAAUUGUUGGCCGGUGGCAGAUUAUGGAACAUGGAGCGGGAAAUUCAAUUCAACUAAUGUCUCGGGGGCGGGUGUUCUUUAUGCUCAGCUCUUUUGUGUUCGACUACUCCCUUGGGCUUGUGAUGCUGAUGCUCUUCCAGCCAUCUCUCUCUGUCGAAAGGCUCCUCGGUAAAAGGGGGUUUCUGAGCAAAAGCAAAAGAGGGCUUCUGUGCAGCAACAUCGUUACGCUGCUACUAGUUUUCGCGUUGGGCAGUGCCAAUAGCUGGUAUGAUAUGCCUUUCGCUCCGUUUUCUUUUUCUGUUGUUGUUUGCACGAUGUACUUCGAAAACAUCUGGGGCAAAUUCAAGGGCUGGUGGAAGAAAUUGAGAGAGAAGUUCUGAUGCCGCCGGUGCUAUACCAUCUGCUGUGUAUUGCCCUCGGUACGUAAGAAAGUGCGCAGCGUAAAAUGGAACCGUCAGUUGUACUGUAAAUAGUGCGAAAUGCUGGUGGGUGUUGGUGACGAGUGGCGUCCUUCCAGUUGUUUCGUGGAAACACAUGUUAGUGUUAGCCUUUUUUUUCCCUGUGUUUUGUGUGUCUAGCGUUUGUAAACCUUCAUGAUGUUGCCUACCCUGGUUUGUGUGUGCUUGCUGCUCUCGUUUGAUCAGUUUUCUUGGAGCUAAGCGUGGGCGCAUAAAUUUACUACAUACGGUACAUGUCUAUUGAGUUCCUGUACCUUACUUAUAUUUCCCACGGGAUGGAAUCAUGGAACAAUUGUUUGCUACGA